ACCACGGGGUGCCAACCGGACUUUAAUUGCUUUCUUCUGGUGGGGUUCCAGACAGCUCCUCAGAAGGAAGGAGCGCACAUUCCUGGCACCAAUUGGCUAAUUCAAUUUACUUCAACGGCAUUAGCCCCUGUCAGAAUAUUCAUGAGCGGGGGGGAAAGGACCCGCGGUACACGCAGGAGGCAGCCACUCGGGCUAGAAAAGGCGCGAGGGAGGGGAAGAAGCGGACCGCGCGCUGGUCUUAAAGGACGGUGACCAGGAGGACCAAGCAGCUCUUUUCACCCUCCUCGCAGAGAGCUGAGGGCCGCGGGCAUCAGCGGAUUUGCUGCUCUUGUCAUCAGCUCUCCACUGCCAGCGAUCGCGCGCGGAGACUUUGGAAACAUCCGAAGGCUGUAAAGCUGUGACACUUUUGACUUGGGGGGAAGGGGGUGGGGCGGGGGCACAGAGGCGAGCUGAGGCGAAGGGACUCGGCAGGACACCCGUUCGCCCAAUGAGGAAGGCAGCGAUAUGAGCUGGACACCCCCCACCGCGGAGUCUCAACGUCUCUGGAGAGUCGCCGGCUGUGCCAGGACUUCAGCUUGACUUGAAUGGAGAUCUCCUUUGGGAAGCAAUGAGUUUCCAAUAACCUGCGGUGUGGCUUGUUUUAUUUGGAAAAUACUCAACCCCAGUGCUUGCCAUUCUACUUGACUUCUGAAACUCCUGCAAGCCCAUGUGGACUACGGGUAGAAUGAGCAAUGCAAAGAGUUGGCUUGGACUUGGCACAUCCUUGUACUUCUGGGCACUGAUGGACCUUACAACCACCGUUCUCUCCAGCACUCCAAUGCCAGAAGUUGAAUUAGAAACACUCUUCUCUGGAAGGUCACAGUCACAUCAGCGAAGCAAGAGGAGCUGGGUUUGGAAUCAGUUUUUUGUCCUGGAAGAGUACACUGGGACUGACCCUUUGUAUGUCGGCAAGCUUCAUUCAGACAUGGACAGGGGAGAUGGAUCCAUCAAAUACAUCCUUUCAGGAGAAGGAGCAGGCAUCGUGUUUACCAUUGAUGACACCACUGGAGACAUCCAUGCCAUUCAGAGGCUCGACCGAGAGGAAAGAGCCCAAUAUACUCUAAGGGCUCAAGCCCUAGACAGGAGAACAGGCCGGCCAAUGGAACCAGAAUCAGAAUUCAUUAUCAAAAUCCAAGAUAUCAAUGACAACGAACCCAAGUUCCUAGAUGGACCUUACAUCGCCACUGUGCCAGAAAUGUCACCAGUAGGUACAUCUGUUAUCCAAGUGACAGCCACAGAUGCUGAUGACCCAACCUAUGGCAACAGUGCCCGGGUAGUGUACAGCAUUCUCCAGGGCCAGCCAUAUUUUUCUGUGGACUCCAAAACAGGUGUAAUCAGAACAGCGCUUAUGAACAUGGACAGAGAAGCCAAGGAAUACUAUGAAGUGAUUAUCCAAGCCAAAGAUAUGGGAGGGCAACUUGGAGGAUUGGCUGGGACCACAACAGUCAACAUCACUCUCUCAGAUGUCAAUGAUAACCCACCCCGAUUUCCACAGAAACAUUAUCAGAUGAGUGUGCUAGAAUCUGCUCCAAUUAGCUCUACUGUGGGCAGAGUGUUUGCCAAGGACCUGGAUGAAGGAAUCAAUGCAGAGAUGAAGUAUACCAUUGUGGAUGGAGAUGGUGCAGAUGCUUUUGAUAUCAAUACAGACCAAAACUUCCAAGUUGGCAUCAUAACUGUGAAGAAGCCCCUGAGUUUUGAAAGCAAGAAAAGCUACACCCUGAAGGUGGAAGGAUCCAAUCCUCACCUAGAGAUGCGUUUUCUGAACCUUGGCCCAUUUCAGGACACAACAACAGUGCACAUCAGUGUGGAGGAUGUGGACGAGCCCCCUGUGUUUGAGCCUGGCUUUUAUUUUGUGGAGGUGCCAGAGGAUGUGACAAUUGGAACAACCAUACAGAUCAUUUCUGCUAAGGACCCAGACGUAACCAACAACUCAAUCAGAUACUCCAUUGACAGAGGCAGUGACCCGGGAAGAUUUUUCUAUGUUGACAUUACAACAGGUGCUCUAAUGACUGCAAGACCACUAGACAGAGAAGAGUUCUCCUGGCAUAAUAUAACUGUCCUUGCUAUGGAAAUGAACAAUCCCUCCCAAGUGGGAAGUGUUGCUGUCACAAUCAAAGUCCUCGAUGUGAAUGACAACGCUCCAGAGUUUCCCAGAUUCUAUGAAGCUUUUAUCUGUGAAAAUGCCAAAGCAGGACAGCUGAUCCAGACAGUGAGUGCUGUGGAUCAAGAUGACCCUCACAAUGGUCAACAUUUCUACUACAGUUUGGCUCCUGAGGCUGCUAACAACCCCAACUUCACUGUCAGGGACAACCAAGAUAAUACUGCUCGGAUUCUGACCCGGAGGUCCGGCUUCCGACAGCAGGAGCAGAGCGUCUUCUACCUGCCCAUCCUCAUCGCAGACAGCGGCCAGCCCGUCCUCAGCAGCACGGGCACGCUUACCAUUCAAGUGUGCAGCUGCAAUGACGAUGGCCACGUCAUGUCCUGCAGCCCAGAGGCCUAUCUGCUCCCAGUCAGCUUGAGUCGGGGUGCCCUCAUCGCCAUCCUGGCCUGCAUCUUUGUCCUCUUAGUGUUGGUGCUGCUCAUCCUGUCCAUGAGGCGACAUCGCAAACAACCCUACAUCAUCGACGACGAUGAGAACAUCCACGAGAACAUUGUGCGCUACGACGACGAGGGGGGUGGCGAAGAGGACACAGAGGCCUUUGACAUCGCAGCCAUGUGGAACCCGCGCGAGGCGCAGGCAGGCGCCGCCCCCAAGACGCGCCAGGACAUGCUCCCCGAGAUCGAGAGCCUGUCCCGCUACGUGCCUCAGACCUGCGCGGUCAGCAGCACGGUCCACAGCUACGUUCUGGCCAAGCUCUACGAGGCCGACAUGGACCUGUGGGCCCCGCCCUUCGACUCCCUGCAGACCUACAUGUUCGAAGGGGACGGCUCUGUGGCCGGCUCGCUCAGCUCCCUGCAGUCAGCCACCUCGGACUCAGAGCAGAGCUUUGAUUUCCUCACGGACUGGGGACCCCGCUUCCGAAAACUGGCAGAACUCUACGGGGCGUCCGAGGGGCCGGCGCCCUUGUGGUGACAGAAGCCCAGAGGCAAAUGGGCACCCAAAUCCAGACGUUCUCAAAGGCUGCUUCUCAUGCCUGAGGCGCGGUCACCACAGGAGCAAUAUUGUGCUGGACAGUGAGGAUGGGAGUGAAUGGACCCAGCAGAGCUCUCUCUGGAUCAGCUUUACUUGGUUAGACUAAGCUAAAUAAUCAGAAGGAAACCCAGGCGAAGAGGGCAGAAUCUCCAAUUGCCUUUUUAAUUUCUUUUUUUGACACUGUAUUCACAGGGUUGAAUUAUUAAAGCUUGGCUCUUUUUGUUUGUUUCUUUA